AUGGAAAGCCACUCGAACGAGUGCGAAAAGUUGCAUCCAGGAGAGCCAAGUCGUUGGCUGAUCUUGGAAAGAGCUGCACGUUCGCGCUCAAGAUCGUUGGCGCCUGCACAGCCCUGUGUUGUGUGCUUCGUGCGUGUGCUCGCCGAUGAGCAUCACCGGGGUGCAGCGACAAGGCUGCAGUAUGCCCUGGACUGGUUAGAGCUCCUCGAGUCGCCUGCUGGUUUGGAUGGCACGUUGGGGAUGUCGCAGGGUUCCAUGGCUGCUGCUGCUGCUGCUGCUGCUACUGCCACGGCGCUUGGCGAGGCGCUGGCGUAUCUGAUUCAUGGCAUCGCAACUGCGGUAGCUGCUGGCAGUGCCGAGCUUGCACCAAAUCCGCCGCCAAUGGAGCAGGCCACGCAGCGAGCGUUGAAACCGAGCAGUCGCCAGAGGGCCCUGACCACGUCGCUUCUGCAGGUGCUCUGUCAGAUCACGAGCCGGGCGUUUGACCUUCACAACGCCAUGAGCGGAUGCUGCGUCACGUCCAAAUGCACACAGCAGAUUUCGAGAGCGCGGCCUGAAGGUGACGCCUCCACCCUGGAAACCGUAUACCUCGUUGGGGUUGCUCAUCAUUGUGCCAGCCUGGACGGCGUAUGGCAUGAGAUGCGUGCUUUUCUGCAAUUCUUUGUGGCAGUCGCCCAGUGCCGGGAGAAGGCUGGUCAGCCGCUAGUCGCAAUGCAGCAGUGCCGUUUUGGUUAUCGAGCGGCCGUCACCGGGCCCGUCUCUGAUUCAGCUAGUUGGCGCGAGCGUCUCGGAACCGUUUGCCGUGAUGCGUUUGAGGCGCUGCUCGCCUUCCUCGAUCACGAGCUGCUUCUUCAGUGUAGCCAAGAUCGGGAAACCGCCAUCGAGGCGGCGAAUGCGACGACGCGUGUCUUAUACACCAUGCGCCUGCUCAUGCAAGCUCUGGGAGCGUAUAUGAGCCCCGAGACGGCGCUUUCAUGUUGCACUCGACUGAUGCAACUCGUGUCACAUCGAGCGCUGCGGUGUGCCUGCUCAGCCGACGCCGCCAAUGUGCUCUCCAUGUCGAGCGUCAUGUGUCAGCGCAUAGCUAAGGUGCAACCUCGAAUGCAUUCCGAGAACCUAUUCGUCGGGUGGCGACGGGUCGCCUUGUCGGCGCCAUGGUCGGAUUUUUUGAAACGAUGCAUCGCACAGCCGUACUUCCUCGAGCUGAAUCUCCUCGCGUUGCGCUCCUUGCGUGGCAUGCUGCAGGUGCUGGGGCGCGUCCUCGCAGCCGCAGUGCGCUCUGCCGACGAGAACGCCGUCCUUUGGGAAGACGCAGAGGCGUUGCGCAUUUCCGGCUUCGCGGACUAUGUGGUAGAAUGCAUUUGCUGUGACGGUGCAGUCCUGGAAAAGAAAUCCGGUGACCGUCAGUUACCAGCGGAUGCCGGGAUCGCGGUCCAACCGGGCGCCUCGCUCGCGUACGGUGACGCAGCGCGCGGACCCGCCGGGCAAACCUGGGCAUCGCCGCUGUCAUCGCGACGCUGGACGCAAGACGCACCCCAGCCGGGGCGUCUCGUGACGAGCGAUUCAAGUCAGUUGCGACUCCGCGCCUGCUUCCAGGUUUGCGCGGUACUCCCGUCGGAAGAACUCUCUAGUCGAUCAACGCUCCUGUUCACACUGUGCUGCCAUCAUGCGAGCAAACUUCUUGACGAGCAUGGCUGUCGAGCUCCAGGCUGGAGCAUUUCCAGGGGCGUGCACCAACAGCAAUCGCGAUUUCUGCUCGAACUGCUGACCGUGCUCCGAAAACUGGUCAAGACUACAGGCAUACCCUGUCACGAACAGGUCAUUCGCCAGUUUGCGGCACUGGUGAGCGACUUGUCCCAACAGCGGCAGCGCGCCGGCAUCGGAUGCUCGGCGCCCAUCAGGCACGCGCUGCGCGGGAUGUUCGGAGCCUUGGCCCAGCGCCUGCGCAUCGCCGAAUGCACCAGGUGCCCGGCAGCCGACCAGGAAAGGGUUUUUGCGUCGUGCCUGCUCCAGCAACUGCAACGUGGUAUCGGUGCUGAUCAGGGGAGAUCUUUGUUGGAGACCUUGUACGCAUGCGACAAGUUCCGCGACCUGGUUGAGAGCGCAGCACAAGUUGCGUCCGCUGCUUCCGGGAGCGCUGCGCUUGCUCGCUCGUUUAUCGUUGAGACGCUGCCGACUUGCGUGCUCCAUCGCGCAGCCGUCGAAGCGAGUGGAUUCGCGGACACUGGUACCGUGACUGCGCUCGACGCUAGCGGCGAGCAGGGCCCGUCUCCGGCAGCCAGCACGCGACACCGCGAGCACCAGCGUCGAGUCCGUGAACGCCACGCCACCGGUCGGAUGCCAGCAGUCGACGACGACGACGACGACCAGCAUGACGACAUUGUUGAUGAUGAUGGUGAUGGUGGUGCUGGUGGUGAUGUCGGCGGCGACGACGACGACAACAACAACAACCACGUAUUUUCAUGCGCACAGACGAGCGUCGCGCCGCGGCUCUGGUGCUGGUGGCUCAUCCGGAUCUGGCCAAUCCUGCAACCGCUCGGAAAGAAUCUCGAAGAAUGCCAUCGUCUGAUUCGCGCUGCCCAGCAUCCAAUACUGCUGUGGCGCAUCUCGUUCCUGGCGCUGCACACGGAGCCGUCCAGAACAGAGCUGCUGCCGGCCAUUGCUUCCGUGCUGCAUUCCUUGAUGCGAUGCCUUUGCAAUCUGCCGUGCAUUCGUUACGAAGCAGUGCUACCGGUGGUGUGCUCGGAAGACGAAGCAAGGACGCCAAGGCGUGUACUGCUACACGACGACGACGACGACGACGCGUCCACGGGCGACGCUGCCUCGUCAUUCGUGACCGGCGAGGCGCUGGUCGAGUCGUUGGCAGCGAUGCGGACCUUGCUGGGAUACACUGCGGCGUCGAGUCCAUCGGUUCCGUGCACACCACUUGCCUGGUAUGCGCAGGUUCAGCGGACGCUUCUGGAGAAGCGCGCUCGCCAAGCUGUGCGUUCCGUCCUCGCGCAGCCAACAGGUAGCCAGCGCUUCCACAAAUGCUUCGCUGGUCGGCAACCGGAACUCUUCGACUGGCUGGAUGCGCUCAGCGUAUCGCGAAUGCCAGAGACCAGCGCAGAUCUGUUUCCAGGUACAGAGGUGCGCGGACAGUCCGCGCAAACGACCUGGAAAGACAACGUCAUUUUUCUGUGGAUGCAUUGGGCAGGUAGUCGCUUGCCGGUGAACCUUGUGUCGUGGCUGCUCGAGCAGGUGCCGCUGCACGAAUGGAUGAUGGCAACGUCAUCCGAGGCCACGGAAGCGGUCUCGGAAAGCUGGCGCGUUCACGCGAUCGCUGCUGCGAUUCGUCAGCGAGCGGCGCCAUGGCGGCACUGGCGCCAGGUGCUGUUGCUGACGCUGCGUACCAACGAUCGCGCUCGCUUCGUUCAGUUCGCCGAUGCGUGGUUCAGGUCGCUGCCAGGCCAGUGCCCGAACGCCUCCGAAACACAAGCGCUCAUGGAUGCAAUCCAUCGAAGCCAAGUACUACCUUGGCUUCUCAGUGGGUUGCACGCGUCACUGGAUAGACCGGGAGCACCGGACGCGAGACCGCUGCAGGUACCCGACACCCUGCAUCGACAGGAUUACGCGAGGCGUAUGGCACUGGUUCGGGUUGCUGGUGCACUGCUCUGGGAUGAGCUGCGGCAGCGCGUUCGCCGCGCUGCACACCCGGCGGGCACUUCUCAACUGGUAUCGUCUCGAAGCGAUCUUGCUGCGCAUCUGUGCGAACUUGCUGCCAGCGAGUACGCACUCGGACCUGCAGACCUGCUAUCCGCGCUCUCCGCGAUGCAGGCGUUGGCGUUGACGCUGGUGCAGACCGACGCUGAUGCUGGCGAUGCUGCAGAACGCGCCAGUGCGUAUCUAGGUCACAUGGGACGCAGUGUCGCAUCCUGGCUGCAGCAGGUCAGCGGACAGGAUCACGAUGCUCGCUCGCCGUGCCAGGAACUCGUGCUUGUCGGUUGCCUGGGUUUCGUAGCGAUCAUUGGCGCUGCGAGCACCGUCCGACGUGCGUCCACGCUCCACGCGCUGCGAGUCGUGACGGGUGCGGUGGCUGGCGGCGAGCCCGCCGCAUCGCCGUGGUGUUUCUGGCUGCGAAUCCUCUGGAACGCACCGCCGUUCAGUCGCGUGCAACUGCUGGCGCUUUGGAUCCUGUAUAUUUUCCUUCGCUGGCGCGUCCUGUCAGUGGAGAACGCUCAAGAUCUUGUGUUGCUCCACGGUUUGGGCUGCUGGCUGUACACUGAACGCGAAGCCGCAAUGAUGCACGUUCGCGAUGCUGACUCCGAGUCGUCGCAGUCGACAGAGGAAGCGAUUCCCUGGGCUGCGGAAUUUUUGGCCCUUAUCGGCGUAUUGUCGGCGGCACUGGUUCAGGUUCUCGAGUCCGGCACCGGACGAGACGCGAACCUCGACGCUAUGCAGCGUGCUAGUGCCACGAGCCUGCGCCUGCUCACAACAUCCCCUGGAGACGAAUCCGCUGCAAGCGCGGGUACCGGCGAUGGAUGGACAAAGCAGGAGCUCGCGAGCACCGUCUCGCAUCGGUUACUCUGGCAUGUUGCCGCUCUCGUCGAAUCGCCGCUCCACGUCAUACGCGAUGCUGAGCGACGCAAAUGA